CGUCUCUCCCCUCUUCCCCUGCUCCCUCCCUCUCCUGGAGAAGACUUCGUAGACAUGGCCGUGCAGGCGCAGUUCGGCGGCCUCCCCGGGUGCCUGCCGCCCUUCGGCGGCGCCGGGUUGGCCGAGGAGCAGAUGCUAGCGCUCCUGUCAGCCGCGGCGGGCAACAAGGCGUACCAGUACAACUGCCCGGCCGGCGGCGUGGUCAGCGCCGCGCAGAGUGAGCUGACGUGCAACGGCGGCGGCGGGGUGGUGGUGUUGCCGUCGCGGAAACGUGCCCGGGAGGACGAGCUCGAGCAGUACGUGACCUCCUCGUCGGCGGCGCUGCUGCCGAUCCCGGGGAUGCAGCAGGUGGUUGCCGCGCCGAUCGCGAAUCGGGUGGUGGACUCCGCGGCGACGUCGACGAGCGGGCGGCCGGCCACGGCGGGCGCGGUGUCGGCGGCGGACGCGCUGGUGUCGGAGCUGUGCCGGCAGGGCGCGGAGGUGGACGCGCUGGUGCGCGCCGAGUGCGAGCGGCUGCGGGCCGGGCUGGAGCAGGCGCGGAAGCGGCAGUGCCAGCCGCUGGCGCGCGCCGCCGCGGCGGCAGCGGCGCGGCUGCUGCGGGCCAAGGAGGCCGAGCUGGACGCCGCGCGCCGGCGCGCGGCGGAGCUCGAGGAGCGGCUGCGGCAGGCGGCCGCCGAGAGCCAGGCCUGGUGCGGCGUGGCGCGCAGCAACGAGGCCGUCGCGUCGGGGCUACGCGCCGCGCUCGACACGCUCCUCCUCCGCGGCGCCGGCGCUGCCCUGCCGCAGCCCGCCGAGGAAGGCUUCGGCGACUCCGACGCUGGCCUUGCCGCCGCGGCGGCUGACGACGCGGAGUCCCGCUGCUUCGUCGAGGCCGACGACGGUUGCGCGGGCGCGGCCACGUCGUCCCCGGUGGCGAGCAGGUGGGCGUGCAGGGCGUGCGGCGGCGGCGAGGCGUCGGUGCUGCUGCUGCCGUGCCGUCACCUGUGCCUGUGCAAGUCCUGCGAGCCCCGGGCGGACGGCUGCCCCGUCUGCCUCGCCGCCAAGAACGCGGCCAUCCACGUCGCCGCCAACUGAUCACACCGGCUCCGGCGAUGUCCCCAACUAACAUCUCCAUCAGUUGAGUAAUCAGCGAGAUACAGUAGUAGGAUAGCAGAUUAGGCCAGCUGAUCUCGUUCGUUCUGUUCUUUUGUGAAAAAUUACCGCGGGGUGAAAGUCCAGUUCUUGUUAAAUGGGAAUGGAAACCUGAUUAGUUCUGAUGUAAAGGAGAUCAACCUUCCGGAUAAUUGAUGGUGCUCCCGGCAGCUGCGAUAGAAACAAUCGGAGCCCUUGAUCUG